CUCCCCGCGCGUCGCGCCGAAUCCCAGCGCCGUCACGGGCGCCACGGUUGUAACGGCCGUGCGGGCGGCGGUUGGCGCUGGGGCCGGGCCCGGGACAGCCGCGCCUCAGGGCGGGAUGAAGGCCUUGUUCUGGCAGCGCGGGGCGUCCGGCGGGGCCGCCGCCUUCGUCUUCCAGGAGAGGGAAAACCUUCCUGUUGCAGGAGACAAUGAUGUGAAAGUACAAGUUAAAGCCUGUGCUCUGAGCUGGAUGGAUACAAAGCUUUUGUCAGAAAUUAAGUUGGAGAAGGAAUUUCUACCUGUUGGAAGGGAGAUUUCUGGAGUGGUGUUGGAGGUUGGAAAUAAAGUGUCCUCCUUUCAACCAGAUGAUGAAGUAGUAGGAAUUUUACCUCUAGAUUCUGAAGAGUCUGGUGUCUCUGAAGUUAUUCUGGUUCAUCAGCAUUAUUUGGUUCACAAACCAGAAAAAGUCUGUUGGGUUGAAGCAGCAGGGACCCUCCGUGAUGGUGUACGAGCAUAUACAGCUCUACAUUACCUUUCCCAUGUCUCUCCUGGAAAAACUGUCCUAGUAAUGGACGGAGCAAGUCCAUUUGGUACGAUAGCUGUUCAGUUAGCACAACACAGAGGAGCCAAAGUAAUUUCUACAGCAUAUAGUCUUGAAGACAAGCAGUGCUUGGAGAGGCUGAGACCUACUGUGGCUCGAGUGAUUGAUGUUUCAAAUGGAAAGACUGAUGUUGCAGAAAGCUGUUUGGAGGAAACAGGUGGCCUGGGAGUAGAUAUUGUCCUAGAUGCUGGAGUGAGGUUAUACAGCAAAGAAGAUGAGUCAAACUUAAAAUCGCAACUUCUGCCACAUAAGCAUGAUAUCAUUACACUUCUUGGUGUUGGAGGACACUGGAUAACUACAGAAAGAAAUCUCCAGUUGGACCCUCCAGACAGCAAUUGCCUGUUCCUUAAAGGAGCAACAGUCUCUUUUCUGAACGAUGAAGUUUGGAAUUUGUCAACUGUACAGCAAGGAAAGUAUCUUUGUAUCUUAGAAGAUAUAAUGGAGAAGUUAUCUAGUAAUGUGUUCAGGCCUCAGCUGGAUGAACCAGUCCCAUUGUAUGAAGCCAAAGUUUCUAUGGAAAUGGUUCAGAAGAAUCAAGCAAGAAAAAGACAAGUCAUCCAGUUCUAAAGCACAAUUUCCUGGUUUCCAAGACAGUGAAGGACAUUGGAGCUAUGUAAUAUAUUUGAGAAGUAAAGUAAUGUGCAACUAACUAGUUUUCAAAUAGCUCUGUAACUUGCAUUCAAGGAUCCUUUGUAUUUCAGGAUAAAUGAUCUGUGAAAUUGCUGGUGUUGAGAUUUAUGUUUCCCUGGAUUAUAUCCAAUAGAAUGUUCCAUCGGUAACUUUAAAGAGAUACCUCCACCCUGUCACCCUCCUCCCAACUAAUUAGUUAACAUCUUUAUCUGAAAGAUUAGAGGAAAAAAUAUUUCUGGGGGGUUUUUUUCAAUGGGUUUACAUUUUUGCAUUUGAAAGCAUUUAGUCUUCAGUGCUAUAUGUAGCCUCUCCAGGUCUUUAAUCUGUUUUAAAUGGACAGAGGGAAAUGAAAAUGUAGUCAUAAACCAGCAAAAUAGGCAAGGGGUUCUCAGGGUAGGCAUGUGCUUGACACAAUGUAAAAUUUUGUUUUGUAAAGACUUAUCAUCCCUUCAAGAAGUGAAUUUACCACCUAUGACUUGUAAAAUCAGCACCAUCAAACUUCUUAUAUACUUACAUAAAAUUAGAACAUAAAUGUGGAUGGAAGCUUAUCUGAGCCUUUUUCAUGGUUCAAUGCACUUUACUGUACAUAACGUAUAACUUUUAUAUUAUUAAAAGGCUAGGAAAUGUAAACUAGUUUUCAACCACUGACACUUUCUCAAACACCCUCUGUCCUCUCACAACCUUUCAUCUCUAUGCUUUAAUUUCAACUAUUCCCCAUCCUCUAGGAAGAAACCUACUUCUCUCCUUUCCUAUGGCUGAUGGCCUCCCACUUCUUACUGUUUGAGAUCUGCAGCAUGCUGUUCUAUUAAUCUAGGUACCAUUUGUUGGUAAGGAUGACUCAGAUUUCUGUGCACCAGCACUUUGAACCACUGUAACAACUUUGAUAUCUGUAUAAGACUCAGGAUCAAAUCUAUGUAACAAAACCUUGGUGAAUAUUUUUCCUUCCAUGCACUGGAAUUAUAGUGUAUCCUUAGUAAAUCACAUAAUGCAGGUUUAUAAGAAUAUAAAGCAAUCUUGUUUA